GAAGCUGACAGCAGCAUGGUGGAGAAGGGGUCCGUAGACCAGUCCACAGACCGCUCUCCCAACACCACCGAACCACAGCAGACAUCUCGCAGCUGUUCUCAGUCUGUCCACCCCCCAAACCUCAGCACCCGAGGGGGCAAGAACUCCAAGAAGAGUCAGAGCUGGUACAAUGUCCUCAGUCCUACUUACAAACAGCGAAAUGAGGACUUCAGGAAGCUGUUCAAGCAGCUGCCCGACACUGAGCGUCUCAUUGUGGAAUACUCGUGCGCCCUGCAGAGGGACAUCCUGCUGCAGGGUCGACUCUACCUCUCAGAGAACUGGAUCUGUUUCUACAGCAACAUCUUCAGAUGGGAAACUCUGCUGGCUGUGAGACUGAAGGACAUCUGCUCCAUGACCAAAGAGAAGACAGCCCGUCUCAUCCCCAAUGCUAUCCAGCUGUGCACAGACAAUGAAAAGCACUUCUUCACCUCCUUUGGAGCGAGGGAUCGGACCUACAUGAUGAUGUUCAGGCUGUGGCAGAAUGCUCUGCUUGAAAAGCCUUUAUGUCCCAAAGAGCUGUGGCAUUUUGUCCAUCAGUGUUAUGGUAAUGAGCUUGGCCUGACCAGUGAUGAUGAGGACUACGUCCCUCCUGAUGAAGACUUCAACACCAUGGGCUGCUGUCCUGCUCUGUGGUGCAGGUUCUGUGAGGAGCUGCCUGUGGAGGAAAACAACAAGGAGCACCAUGACACCAGGGACACCGAGGCCAGGUCAGAGGUCUGCCCCGCCCUGCCCCACGGAGCCCCACCCACACCCCAAGAACUGCCCAGCAUUGACUGCUCAGUCCCUGUGAGACAAUAUGACCUUCCCCCUGUAGAGGAUGUAUCCAGUCUCCUCCCUGAUGCAGACCUCCUGACCAUCCCUGUGCCCGAACACCACAGCAGCCAGUGCAGCAGCCGCGCCCCCUCCCCAACACCUGACCUCAAAGACGGCAAGGAGCCGCCCACAGAGCUCAGCGACUCCUCUGAGUCACAGGACGAAGGUGAGGUUCAGGCAUUCCAACAGGACCUGAACGGCAGGCAGUACAUCAACAAGGUGUACGAGUUUGGUGUGGACCAGAUGUACGACCUGAUUUUCACUGAGUCUGACUUCAUGAGGGACUUUCAGGAGCAGAGGAAGUUCUCAGAUGUGGUUCCUCAGCCCUGGAGGAAGGAGCAGGAUGGUAGCCAGACCAGAGAGAUCAUGUACACCAUCGCCCUGAAUAACCCUCUGGCUCCAAAGACAGCAACAGUGACGGAGACUCAGACCCUGUACAAGGACAGCCAGGAGAACAAAUGCUACAUCAUCGAUGCAGAGGUGAUGGCCCAUGAUGUGCCCUAUCAUGACUACUUCUACACGCUGAACCGCUACACACUCACCAGAGUGGCAAAGAACAGGUGCCGGCUUAGGGUUUCUACAGAGCUGCGGUACAGGAAGCAGCCGUGGGGCCUGGUGAGGAGUUUCAUAGAGAGAAACUCCUGGAGUGGACUGGACGAGUACUUCAGAAACUUAGAGUCGGAACUCAGUAAGCUAGAUGUGGUGUUGGUGGAGUCCCAAGGAACGGGCAGCAGCCGGCGAAGGAGGAGGAGGCAGCUGGUGGUCCAUCACUUGAGGGGGCCUGGGAGCCUGGAGCAGGCUUUAAACGCCCUCCCCAGACCUGAGGAUGAGGAAGAGGACAUCAUCAAACAUGUGGCAGGUUCCACCCAGACCAGACAAACAGCUGAUGCUCCGGGAGGAUUUGCACUGUACAACUUCUCCAAACUGCUGCUUCUCGUCAGCUUGGUGAUCUCCAUCAGCCUCAUAAUGCUGGUGUUCCUGAACAUCAUGUUGUUCUACAAGCUGUGGAUGCUGGAGUUCACCAUGCAUAGCCUUGUUACCUCACAGGGACUCAGACCACAGGACAGCAGAAGUUCUCAGACGCAGCUCGAAUGGGUACAACUCCAGGACUCCCAGCAGCAUUACGACAGCGAUGAGCUCCAGAAGUGGAGAGAGAUGAUCCAAUCAUCAGUGCUGCUGCUGGAUGAGCUGAGAGCCUCCUUGCUUCACCUCCACAAGAGCAUCAGCAUCAGGGACCAAAACUCCCAGUCAGACAGGAGAAGAAAGCAGCAACACUGACGCUCUAUGACCUUCAACAAUCAUCUCAUGACUCCGAGCCUGUGCAGAAAAGGAGACACUAUGAGGGCAGAGCUGGACUCAAGGCCUCACAGCUUAACUCACAGGGCCUCAGCUGAGACGCUGUCCCAAAGACACAACCAUCAAGACCAUCGGCACCAUCCCAUACGCCAUGCUGCAGAGACGGGAUGCCAGGAGGCAGAGACACAGAGGUAGUUCUUCUGCACAGUCUGAACUACAGUCUGAACAGGGCUUAAUACACAGUCAGUGCACAGAGUGAGAGAAUUGCUUUGUGGGAUAACUUGGGUGGCUGCUGCGUCAAGGGGUGAUCCAAGGGUCAUGAUGACUAAGUCUGGAGCAGAACCAGGAGCUGGUCCUGACUAAGGAGGGGUUCACUUCCUGAACAAGCAGGAGUGUGAUGGUGAUGGUGAUGUAACAAUACACUCCACACAUGACAGGAUAUGUUUCACACUCCUGGGUUUACCAUGUGACUUUUUCACAGUGCUUUCCAGGGGAGUAAGAAACCCAGUUCAUGUUCAAGCGUCAGAGAAGAGAUUUAAUCAGAAAUGGUUUUUGUGAUGCUUUUAUUUUUCCUUUUCCUUUUCAUUGCCAUACACAGGUAACUUAAUUUCCUGUUUUGAAAUGUGCUUUUACUUUGAAAGGACACAAAAGGCACUUCCAAAAAGGGUAAAGUUACAGGACUAAAAAAUGAAAACACUUAAAGAAGUAUCAAAAAAAAAACUGACGGAUGUAUUAAUGCCUCCUGCAGAGGAAUAAGCUCCUACAACGUCGAUAGAUAAGCUAGUAGAUAAAAAUGUGAAAAUGGAGAUCAGUUCUCCUUUGGCUGGCCGCCAUGUUCGUACACGUCUGUUCGGCUACAGACAGAUGAAACAUAAUGACGUACAACAAGAGAAGUCAAAGACAGAUAGCGUCCUCUGCUGUUUGAAAAGGGUAUCACACGUUUCCUAUAUCUGAUAUGUUUUGCUGAUUUGAAUCAUCCUUCAUGUUAGCUGAAUUCCAGCUGUCUCAUCAGCUGCAGUUACAUCUCUUGUACCCUUGUGAACGCAGCAGCUUGACGAGGGCACUUUGUUUAUUUUAAAGAACUUAAAAUAAUACAACAUAUAGAAGAUAAGAAGGUAUGCAAUACAGACUAAUUCGAAAAAGUCCACAACAAACUGCAUGAAGCCGAGACAGGCGGGAGCAGGGAGCAAAUAAAAAAUCUAUGGAAAACUGCAAGUGUGUGUGUGUGUGUGUGUGU